AUGGGGUUUUCUCAGUUAAAGCCGGUUAUGUUUGAAGACGGUGCAGAUCCAAUGAUAGUAAACAACUACAUUGAUCAAGUUAAGACUCAGUUGACCUCAAUGGAUGUGACAGAGGAUCACUUGAAGAUCAUUCUAGUAACUUAUAAGUUUGCUAAGGAUGCUAAGCUUUGGUGGAAAUCGAUCACGAGCCAGCAUAAGGUGGAAGAAAUGAGUUGGAAAAAGUUUAAGGAAUUGUUUUACGAGAAGUAUUUUUCGAUUUCUAAAAGAUGGGAGCUAAAAGACCAGUUUCUUGGCCUUAUCCAAGGUAAUAUUUCAGUGGCGGAAUAUGAGAACAAAUUCACUUCACUUUCUCGCUUUGCUUCGGAAAUGGUAAGGGAUGAAAUUGACAAGACUCGGAAGUUUAUUUCCGGUCUUCAUGAUAGAAUGAGGCCAUUGAUAACGGCACAGUUUAUCAAGGUUUAUUCUGAAACAGUAGAGAGGGCUUUGAUGCUUGAGGCUGAUAUCAAAGAUAAAGAUGCAAGAAGAAAACAGUGGAAGCAAAAGAAAGGGGCAAGGCUAUCUUUAGAAGGAUCUUCUUGGAAGAAGAACAAGGGUAGUUCUUUUCAGUUUCAGGGGCAACAAUCUGUACGAUCCGCUCCUACCACUCCUAUGCUAGCUGGAUCUAAUAAGAGUGGAGUCAUAUGUUUUCAGUGUCAGCAGCCUGGGCAUUAUAAGUCCAGUUGUCCCAUGAGAUCGUCUUCGGUUUCUUCAGCUUCAAAGGCUUAUUAUGGGUGUGGCCAACAAGGUCACUUGAUUUGA